GAGAGAGCCCGUACUCUGACACUGUACUCAUGUUUGGUUUGCACCCAGCUCGAGAGCUGCAGGUGUUGUACCAUCAUGGUGCUUCUUGGGACAAAAUUCCUAGGAAUGAGUGCCGGAGGGAUCCUUACACCAAUGAGGAAACCAUCAGAGCCCAACAAUCGCAAGAAUGGUAUUUGACUUCAAGCGACGCCCCGUUCUUGUUUCUCCGAGGUUCACUUUACCGCAUCCCCUGGCCAAGAUGUCAGGAACGGUAGCCAGGCUCUGGCGCCUUCGACCAAAGCUUGCAUCACCCAGGAAUCACAAGGAACACACGGAACACACGGAACACACGGAACAUACCCCUCCACCCCGCCAAUAUGGCAAACUACCUGGGGAAGUCAUUGAUGUGCGAGGGGUCGAUCCGCAGAUGAAUUCCGAUUUCUUUCAAGAUUUGCCCCCCGAGAUUCGAAAGUUGAUAUUUGGCUACAUUUGGCAGACUCACGGCCAACGACACCACCUCUUCCUUGAACGGGGCCGCCUAACUCGCGUUGGAUGUGUGAUGGACGAGAUGGACGAGGAUAUGGACUUCAUCCAGAAACAAUUGGAUUUGAUACCUGCCUUGGAGCGGUUGGGAGAACCAAAGAGUAACCAAACAAAAAUCUGGUACCGAAGGCUGUCUUCGACAUGGGGUAGCCGGCAUUGGAGAUGUGAAGAGAGGAUUCUUUAUGGAGGCCGGCCGUUCCCCGAUCGUACCGACUUUCAAUCUAUGAUGUUAGUUUGCAAGCGGAUGUAUCCCGAGGUCAUGGAAUCGAUCUUCGAGUCACAGACAUUUCUUUUCAACGACCUACCUGCGGCCUACAGAUUCUUUGUUCUCGAACCUUCGCUGUUUUUGAAGCAUCUCCGUCAUUUGGAUAUCACACUCAGCUUGGAGUUCGCUGAGUAUGCGCUUUUCAUCCACGCCAAUCGGUCUCUGGAACAGAGUCGCCUCAUGACGGUAGAGAAAUCACUUGCGCAAACGAUAUGCUUGCAUGACUUGAGAAUGUCAUUCGACAUUUGGGACCACCAGUGCUGGCGUAAGAUCCCAGAGGAGGGUGUCACACGCAAGUUGAGCGACAUAAAUGUCAGAAAGCUUACCGUUGAGCUGCCGCCAGCCCUGCCCAUCAGGGUGAACGCUAACAACAUGGACAACGUGAAGGACGCUCCAUUCCAAGUCGUCCGCCGCCCGCCGCUCCGGUACUGGAUGUUCGUGCCAGGCAGCGUCAGUCGCUUUGAGUGGAAAACAACUGAGGAUGUGGACGACACAAGCUGGAUCGAGGCGGAGGGAAUACCAUACAUCCCUAACCCGUACAUAGACGACUUCUUCGAACGACGCUUGGCUUGGACAUGAGGAGGGGUAUUCCCCUGGUCAUGCAGACAAGGGUCCCAGAAGGCACUAGCCAUGCAUGUUGGCUCCCCAAAGUGGUCAAGUUGCAUUC